AUGGGUUUUCGGUUUGCAGACAAGAGCCGGCCAGGAAUGCAACAAGUGAUUCUCAAUGAUAGUUCCAGUGUUUUCCAACGAGAAGCGAAAUUCCUCCUGGAUCGAGAACUUGAAGAUCCCCGAGGUCUCACAAUCAUCCAAGCAAUGCUGGUCUUGAGCGACCUCGAAUGUGCGUCUGGCAGAGAUGACCUGGCGGGAAUGCACAUAGCAACCUCUUGCCGACUUGCUUUUGAUUUCGGACUCAAUCUAGACUGUUCAAGGUUUGGGCUGUCCACUGAAGAGACAAAAUUCCGAAAAGAUUUACUCCGUUCAUGCCUGAUAUACGAUCAAGCUUGGGCGUUAUAUGUGGAACGGCCGACUAACAUGAAAAUUUCCGAUAUUUCCAGGUCCUGCUUGACCAACCGCGUCUCUUGCCUGAACGACUCCGGGGUGGUCCAGCGAAAAUCCAGGAAUGAAUCAACGGGCUUAAAUGGAGAUCUUCACGGACAUAUAUUGGACGCCUUGCUUGAGCUUUCAGAGCUCAGUUCGAAGAUACAAGCGCUAGCACAGCCAAGGCUGACUUUUGGGAGCAUUGCCGAUGAAGAUCGUUUGAUUGACGUUGCAGCACUGGAUGCAAAGUUGAAGACUUGGUACUCUAUGCUUCCCGCACGCCUUACGUGGACAGAGGAAAAUCUCAGAGACGCACCGCGCCUCUUUUUCAUAAUACAUCAACAAUUCCACGUUGCUCAGCUCAAUCUCCAUGGUCCGUAUGGACGCUACGAGGACGCACUAGGGGUAGAGAUGGAGAAGGCACACGUCUUCUGUGCAGGGACCAGCGACAGCGGCAAUGGCGGUGCGCUACAACACUUAGCUCGAUCAAUCACUAUGAAUGCGGCGAUGAAAAUCGCUCAGGGCUUUUCGGCUUACCGGCAAAGAUUUGGCACUUGCGAGACGGGAGUUUUCUCUCUUCAACAAGGAGGUACGGCUCUGCUGGCCUUGAUGUCAACCAUCAAAGUCAGCAAAGAGGCAGGAAAACGUAAUUCUGGGCUACACCAUCUAUAUAUGCUGAUGGAGCAGCUGCGAGAGAUGUCUCAGAUCUACAGUCCAGCCGAUUUGAUGUGUCGUGUGGUCAAGCAUGAGAUGGAACGACUUGAGAUUGACUUCAGCGAUUUACCGACGCCACCUAAUACACCGAUAUACCCCGUCUCGCCAUCAACAGCGACCUCUGCCCGACAGGCCAACGCCGAACGUCAUUCAGAGUCACGGCCUGCAACGAAACGGCGACGCCUUUCGACUGGCCCAGAUUGUGUCACAGUUACCUGCGCGUCACUUCCAGACUCUGGGCUCAACCAGAACCCACCCUUCUCCACCAUGAGACCAUCACCGCAGCAUGAAGUCACUGAAGUUGAAGCUCCUGCGCCGCCAACUGCAAGCCUACCUCAAGCUCAACCUUCCGGAACGGUCCCCGCCGCUGACACAUUCGAACCUUUAGAUCCCAUGCCUGAUCCGAUUCUAGAUCUGAAUAGUAUACAACCAUCUUCCUGGUCGUUAGGACUGUCUGAUAUAUCGGCGUUAUUCGAUUUCCAAAGCCACGACCAGAUCGGUAAUGAUAUGCUCCUCCCCUUCGUCCCAGAAACCCAUUAUCCGCCUGGGUGGACUGACUCGAUCUUGAAAAUGCUGCCGGACGUUAUGCAAUAUGGAUAA